CACUACAAACGCGGCUCCCGGGUCCUUCCCUCGAGCCUUCCCCUGCCCUGGGACCCGGUAGGCGGUGUUUCUGCUUGGCUCCCUCCCCUGGGCCUCCUGAGAUGUAGCCGAGGAAGCCGUGACCCGGCCGAACGGCACGACUGACCGCGACAGCGUCGGUAAGCCAGGACAGAGGCAGGGCCAUCCGUCCACGCCCGAAAGAAGGACCUGGUUGGGGCGUCCGGGCGCUGCAGGAGCUACUACAAUGUCCCACCAAUCACUGAGUGACUCAGCUGAAAAUGGGGAUUGUUCCAAGGGAAGCACUGGAAAUGGACCUCAGAAUUUGGCUCACCCAGACCUGGAUACAUUCACUCCAGAGGAGAUGCUGAAACAGAUGAAGGAACUCCUUAUUGAGAACCAUCAGUUAAAAGAGGCCAUGAAGCUAAAUAACCAAACGAUGAAGGGACGGUUUGAAGAGCUUUCAGCCUGGACAGAAAAACAAAAGGAAGAGCGCCAGUGUUUCGAGUUGAAGUUCAGAGAAGUCAAGGAGAGCUUGUUAUCUUUGAGUAAUGAAAAUGAAAAUCUGAGAACAGAAAUUGAAAACCUUAAAGGGAAAAAGGAAAGGCCUUUUGAGGAUAUCACUGGUGACUCCAAGAUUACCAGGACAGUGACAGACCAAGAAAUGGAGCAACUAAAGACACAAGUGACUCGUCUUCAAGCUGAGAAGGCAGAUCUACUCGGCAUUGUGUCAGAAUUACAGCUCAAGCUGAACACAGGCUCCUCUGAAGACUCAUUUGUUGAAAUUAGAAUGGCUGAAGAAGAUGAGACUGGAACUCUAAAAGAAAUCAAGAAUGGACCUGGGUUGAUAACACCUGACCCCAUUGACAAGAACAAAUCUGUGGAUGGGGCAAAGAACUAUUUGGAAUCUGAGGAAUUAACUGUUAGUCAGCUUCUCCUGUGCCUCAGGGAAGGAAAUCAGAAGGUGGAAAGACUUGAAACUGCACUCCAGGCAGCUAAAGACAGACUUUCAGAUUUAGAAAAGAAGGCAAGAGAUUACUCUGAGAAUGGCACCCAGACUGAAGAGGGCCCUGGAAAAGAAAAAGAAAAGGAGCAAAGCCUAGAAACUGUUGGAAGUGAAGUGGAAACACUGAACCUCCAGGUAACAGCUUUGUUUAAAGAGCUUCAAGAAGCACACACUAAACUCAAUGAAGCUGAGCUGAUGAAGAAGAGACUUCAGGAAAAGUGUCUGGCCCUUGAAAGGAAAAAUUCUGCAACCCCGUCAGAGUUGGAUGAAAAGCAAGAAUUAGUAUAUAUCAACAAAAAGUUAGAGCUACAAGUGGAGAGUAUGCGGUCAGAAAUCAAAAUGGAACAAGCCAAAACAGAUGAUGAAAAGUCCAAAUUUGCCAUUUUACAGACUACACACAACAAGCUUCUUCUUGAACAUAGUAAUGCACUGAAAACAAUUGAAGAACUAAAAAGAAAAGAGGCAGAAAAAGUUGAUAGGUCAGUGAUGAAGGAACUCAAUGAAAAGCUUGAUUUAGCAGAGAGAGCCCUGGCUUCCAAGCAACUGCAAAUGGAUGAGAUGAAGCAGACUAUCGCUAAGCAGGAGGAAGACCUAGAGACUAUGGCUAUCCUCCGGGCUCAGAUGGAGGUUUAUUGUUCUGACUUCCAUGCUGAGAGAGCAGCAAGAGAGAAGAUUCAUGAAGAAAAGGAACAACUGGCAUUGCAGCUGGCAUUUUUGCUGAAAGAAAACAAUGUUUUUGAAGAUGGAAGCAGCAGACAGUCUUUGAUGGAACUGCAAAGCCGUCAUGGGGCCAGAUCAACAAAUGAACAAGACCAGCAACCCUACCUUGUGCAGAGAGGAGCUGAUGAUAGAAACUGGCGGCAGCAGCAACAGCAAAGGAAUAUUCCAAUUCAUUCAUGCCCCAAGUGUGGAGAAAUUCUGCCAGAUAUAGAUACAUUGCAGAUUCAUGUUAUGGACUGCAUUAUAUAAAUGUUCAUGUUCCACCCCAAAACAAAAAAAUCCCCACCCUUCUGGUAAAUCUUGACUUUAUCCUCUAAGAGCUGUAUCUUUGUGUGUUUUUCCUCAAAUAUUUUGGCCCAUUACAUUUGUUUUAGAAGAAAGAAAAACUUCUGUGUGUUGAAUGAGUCGCUGAUUGUCCAUAAAGGACUCCAUUUAAAUGAACUUCAUUUUUUGUCUUCAGUUUAUGCCAGCUUUGCAUCAUAAUAUCUGGAUAAAUUAAUGUAAUCGGAAGAUAAACUUCACUGAUCAAUUUAAAGCACUAUUAAGUGGGCAGAAAAGAUGAAGUGGUUACAGGCUUAAUCAAGAAACAGAUUUCCCUGUUUGAAGUAUUUCUAACAAAUUGUACAGUUCUUUUUAUUCAUCACUCAUUUAAAAUAAAUCCUGUUGGAUUUUUUUUUGGCAUUAUAGUUUACUGUAGCUAGUGUAAGCAUACCAAA